AUGGCGAGCUCAGCAGCAGUGUUAAAGACGAUUCUGUCCCUGAGAAUCUUAACUCUGCUAGCCCUAGCUGCAUCAGUUGUGAUUAUGGCACUCAAUAAUUACACAGACGAAGAUGCCACCAAAACUAAGUUCACUGAUGUCAUAGCUUUUAGGUAUGUAUUUGCAUGUGGGGCAAUAGGGUUUUUGUACACAAUAUUUCAGAUCCCAUUUGCAAUAUACAAUGUUGUCCAAGAGAAGAGAUGGAUACGAAAUGGUUGUCUGCAAGAAUUUGACUUCUAUGGUGACAAGGUGGUUGCAUUUUUAUUGGCAAGUGGAGUUGGUGUUGGAUUUGGAGUGACAUUUGAAUUUAAGAGAACUUUUGGCGAAUUAUUAGGCGAUAAAGACCUAAAAUUCCUUAACAUGGGCACUGUUUCGACUGGACUUCUCCUUGCUGGAUUUGUUUUUAUGGCUCUACUCACCGUAUUCUCAUCGAACCGUCGUGCUUCUUCAAGCAAAAAGGGAUUCUUCUAA